AUGAAUGUAGCCAAUCGACUCGCGCGAAGCUCAACCCGGGCGGCUUCUUCACAAUGGUCAUGUUCCUUCUGCCAGAAUGCCCGGCCGAAGCUCCAGCGGAAUGCCUUCAACUUUGCCCGCCAUGCAUCGAAUAACGCCCGCACGGGACAGCCCUAUACACCUACGAUGGACGAGAUUCGUGCGCAUUAUAGCAAGAAAAACAGGACCGUAGCGUACUAUGUCUUGAGUACAAUUCUCGGAUUUGUUACUCUCACUUAUGGCUCUGUGCCCUUGUACAAGAUGACUACCGGCUGGGGCGGUCAACCUAUACGUGCUCACGGGGGUCCAGGAUCAGGUGAUGAAGGCGAUCUCGCAAGCCGACUCGUGCCCGUCAAAGACGCCAAGCGAAUCAAAGUCACUUUCAGUGCCUCUGUAUCCGAUGUCCUGCCCUGGAAGUUCGUCCCUCAACAGCGAGAAGUGCGAGUUCUCCCCGGCGAGACUGCACUGGCUUUCUACAAAGCCACCAACAAGAGUGACCAGGAUAUCAUCGGAGUUGCUACCUACAGUGUGACACCUGCCCAGUGUGCGCCGUACUUCAGUAAGAUCCAGUGUUUCUGCUUCGAGGAGCAGCGCCUCAAUGCGGGCGAAACCGUGGACAUGCCCGUCUUCUUCUACUUGGAUCCUGAUCUGCUCAAUGAUAUGAACAUGAAGGGCGUAGAGACUGUGACAUUAAGUUACACCUUCUUCACGUCGUCCUCGCCAACCACCGACAAAAUGGUCAAAGUCAGCACCAACGUUUCGUCUUCUCGACGCAAGAGCCGUGCCGCUCACUUCAAGGCUCCCUCUGACCAGCGCCGUGUCAUCAUGAGCGCUCCCCUCUCCAAGGAGCUCCGUGAGAAGUACAACGUCCGCUCCAUCCCCAUCCGAAAGGACGACGAGGUCACCAUUGUCCGUGGUUCCAACAAGGGCCGUGAGGGCAAGAUCACCUCCGUGUACCGUCUCAAGUACGUUGUCCACAUCGAGCGUAUCACCCGCGACAAGGCCAACGGCCAGUCCGUUCCUCUGGGCAUCCACCCCUCCAACGUUGUCAUCACCAAGCUCAAGCUUGACAAGGACCGUGAGGACAUCCUGGCCCGCUCCAAGGUUGGCCGUGAGCUCGCUGCCAACAACAAGGUCACCGCUUAA